CUGGUGUCUCAGGAAUAGUGUACGACUUUUUAAUUUACGGAGGAGAUGACACAUUUAGGUUUCACGAAUUCACUGAUGAAGAAAAUAGUAUGGGCCUAGGAUCGAAAGUUGUGCUAGCUUUGACAAAGUCUAUUCACCAACCUGCAUGCAAAAUCUUAUGCUUCGACAACUUCUUCACUUCUAUUGAGCUCCUGCAAUAUUUGCGUGAGGAAUACGGCGUAUUCGCCUUGGGAACAAUACGAGCAAACAGGCUUCGAGGAGCGGAGAAAAAACUACCUACUGAUAAAAAUUUAAAAAAGAAAGGCAGAGGAUCUCACGCACAAGUAGUUUGCAAUAAAAAUAAGAUUGUUGUUAUUAAAUGGUAUGAUAACAAAUGUGUUACAGCUGCUAGCACAUUUGUAGACGCUCAUCCUAUCCAGACUGUGUCUCGUUAAAACAAAGAUCAAGGAAGAAACAUUCCUGUGACUUGCCCAAACCUAAUCAAACAAUACAACACUAAUAUGGGUGGAGUAGACCUAGCAGAUAUGCUGGUUGCUCUGUAUCGUACGCCGUUCUGAGGCCAUCGCUGGUAUUUGCCAAUCUUCUCACAAAUGCUAGAUAUCUGCGUAAAUAAUGCCUGGCUUUUAUAUCGGCGUGACAUGAAAGCUAG